AUGUAUGGAUAUCCCGCAGGCCGCACAGUGUCGCAAACAGGAAGGCUGGGGAGCCGUGGGCGGCGCCCCUGGCCGCGGUCCAGCCAGCGCCACGGCGCCGCCAGUGAGUGGCCGCCCUCCGCGCGCGCUGCCGCGACGCCGCCGCCCGCAGCCAUGUACGAAGACGACUUCAAAGAGCCCUCGACGAGCCGUCGCCGGGCUUCCAGAGAAAUGACACCGUCCUCCACAUCCACCCGACAGCGGAAGGGCUUCCUCGGCAGGUUCUUCAAGAAGGCCUGGGAGAAGAUGAAGCGGCCGGAGAGCGAGCGGCCCAAGGAGGAGCCGUGGGACUACCUGGAGGGUUUUGAAUGCUGUUCAUAUAAUUUAAUCACCAUUUUGAGGUUAAACUAAUUCCGUUGCAAUAUGUAUUCUACCGUUUUCAUUUC